AUGGCCUUCUCCGGAGAACUGCUCACAGACAGUCACAAAUCCGUCGUUCCCCCUCUCAAUUUUGCCAUGGUGGCACCAGGUGUAUAUCGUUCCGGCUAUCCAAAUAAGAAGAAUUUCCCAUUUUUGAAGAAGUUGAGAUUGAAAUCCAUCAUGUAUCUUUGCGAGGACGAGUAUUCUGAAGAUACUUUGGCAUUUUUGGGCGAAUACGGUAUCAAAAUAUUUCAUGUGAGAAUCUCGGGGAACAAGGAGCCUUUUGGAGAAAUAGACCAAGCGGAAAUUGCAGGAGCUUUAGUCGAGGUGCUGGAUACCAGAAAUCAUCCGAUGCUUAUCCACUGUAACAAAGGAGCGCAUCGAGUCGGGUGCAUGGUGGGAUGUCUUAGAAAACUGCAGAACUGGUCCAUGACGUCGAUAUUCGAUGAAUAUCGUCGAUUUGCAGGAACGAAGAUUCGAAUAGCAGAUCAGGAGUUUAUCGAAGUUUACUCCGAACCGGUUUUGUAUGAUGGAGAACACGCCCCAAGCUGGCUUUGA